CCAAUAGAGCACGCAGAGCGGCUCCUCUUGUUCAAGCAACACCACCAUCAUCUCCUCCUCCUCCUUCAUUGAUUCACAGACUUCAAAUUCCCUCACAAGCAGCCUGUCAGCUUCCACAGUGAUCAGAUUAAUAACAAGAGGCUGCGAGCGCUCAGAGAGGAGACAACCGGCGCCGCGCGUCCUCCGCGGGAUACUUUGGAUAGCUACAGCUCCGGGAUCCAUCCUGCGCCUGCCUCCUGCUUCACCUCGCCCGAGCAGCACCUGUGCGUUUCUCCGCGUGUCUACCUGGAUACCUGCGCGCUGUCCUCUGUAAAUGUCGGACUGAACAUAACUGCUAUGACAGGGAAACUAGCGGACAAGAUCCCUCUUACCAUGAGCAGUUUAAUAAACACGAUCCCCGACAGUCUCUACCCGGAGGAGGACAUCCCCACCUCUAUGAAUAUUUUCACCAGCACGGAGUCUAUAAACCACUAUUCACAGAUGAACACAGAUAAUAUCAUGGAUCUAGGCAUGGGAAGCGAGAAGACAAGCUCAGACAUACAGUAUGGAUCCAGCUUCCAGUCCAACCGCAGUGGGCAGACUGUCACGUAUCUGGGGAAGUUCGCCUUUGACACUCCUCCUUCAGGUGGCAUCGGUGGCUCUGGCUGGUGCCCCGACAACAAUAUCAUAAGCCUCGUCAGUGCGGGCAUUUUGGGUGUCUCUCCAUCACCCGGCACGGUAACGACGCAGACCUCGUCCUCUGCAGCAAACAUGGGUGGACAAUCGUCAGACAUGGAGCAGGUAUAUGGUCCUCCGCUGCCUGCCUAUUCCACGUGCAGUGACCUGUACCAGGAUCAGGUCUCCUUCCACCACAGCCCCGCCACCAGCACGGCUCUCGCCUACCCUGGAAAUGAAUAUCACUCAACGUCCAAAGCCCCCAUGGAUGGCAGCCUUUUUUCCAUGAUCCCUGACUACAACCUUUUUCAUCAUCAGGGAGAGGUUGGUGUCAUGGAGCACAAACCCUUCCAGACCAUGGACCCUAUCAGAGUCAACCCUCCGCCAAUCACACCGCUGGAGACCAUCAGAGCAUUCAAAGACAAGCAACAAAUCCACCCGGGUUUCAUUGGCGGUCAGCAGCACCCACCUCAGCACCAUCCGCCGCCUCAGACUCUUACACUCAAACCCAUCCGUCCUAGGAAGUACCCCAACCGUCCCAGCAAAACUCCUGUUCAUGAACGGCCACACGCCUGUCCUGCGGAGAACUGUGACAGACGCUUCUCGCGCUCAGACGAGCUCACGCGUCACCUCCGCAUCCACACGGGUCACAAGCCCUUCCAGUGCAGAAUAUGCAUGAGGUCCUUCAGCCGGAGCGACCACCUCACCACACACAUCCGCACGCACACGGGUGAGAAACCCUUCUCUUGCGAGUUUUGUGGACGAAAAUUUGCCAGGAGUGACGAGCGAAAGAGACAUGCAAAGGUUCACCUGAAACAGAAGGACAAGAAGCAGGCGGACAAGAACAGCGGGGCGGCCGGGAGCCACAGCACGCCGCCAGGCUCCUGUGGGGGGCCAGCGGUGGGAGCAUCAUGACCAUCACUACAUGCACCUGGACUAGACCCUAGCCAGAGAUUAUACAGAGACUUGGGAAGUACAGAUCACAUUCACUAUGAAAUAAAUAGGUGAUUCUCUUCUUCUUUGUUUACACUCUGGCUCUUUUCAGUUCCUUCUAUUUUGAGAUGGACGUCUUUAGUUUAAGUUAGAGGGGAAGGGCUGCUUUCCUCUUGUCUUUUAAAAGCAAUUCAGAGCCUCAGCUACUGUAACAUAGUGUAAACACAGAUAUGGGCACUUCAGCACAUUCUGCCACAGAGGUCUUUGUGUAUCACUAGGUUCUGAGGUGGAUGUGUCAUUUUUACAGAAACUGUUUUUAUUGAAAGAAAGUCAGAAUGCAUGAGAGAGGCUGAAGAAAGGAGCUCAGUGAGAAGGUGUAUUGUCUGGGAUGUAUGCAUUAAUAUCAUUAGGCUGUUUAAAAGUGCAAUUGGUUAUAUUUGUGUAUCGUCAUGAUUCUCUUAAUGGUGGCCCGUGACUGUAUUUUUUUUGUUGUUAUUUUUGUUCAAGUGUAGUGUGUUUUUUUAUAUUUGAAUGUUUCUUUUGUUUUGUUGUUUUAUAAUUAUUAUUUUUUAAAGAUUGUGCCAAAUGUUUUGCAGUGAUGCAGCCAAUGUUGUUCCUUAUAUUUGUUCCUGAUAUUUGCCAAACCCAGGAGUGGCAUCAGCUUAGCACAGCUGUGGAGACAAUAGAAAGAUCAGAUUCCACACACCAGAUUUAGAUGAAUCUGCACAAUUUGUUUGAAUCCAGGUUAUUCCAGAAUAGGUCACAUGAAGCAAAACCCAAUGUCUUGUCCUGUUACAUGCAGAAACAUGUCUGCAGCAACUGAUGCCUUUGCCAAUACUUAUUUAUUUUUAGUCACUGUGAGACACCCUGUGUGUUGUUUUUCUCCUUUUUAAAACGUGGUUUGACAUUGUGUUACCAAAUGUACUUUCUGUUGCUCUUUUUAUUUUUUAUAAAUGCUCAAUGAUA